CUAGUGAACGGAGGGGAAACGCAACUUAUAAAAGUUUUAAACAAUAUAGGGUUUCGCAUUUAGUUAGUUAGUUAGUAAUCGACAAGCUGUUCUGGAUGCAAUUAGCAUAAUUUAUUUAAAAUGUGGAAAUAUGCAAUCCUAAGUGUCUUUAUAUGCGGAUAUUACGUCAUCUGCGUAUCAAGUGAAGAUGGAAAACCGAAGAAUCCCCUCACCCAGGUAUGUUUGGGGUGCAUCUGCGAGGCGAUUUCGGGCUGCAACACUACCAGAAAGUGCGUCGGAAAUAUUUGCGGCCCUUUUUCCAUAACAUGGGGCUAUUGGGCUGAUGGUAACAAGCCCACGAUCGCCCAAAAGUCGGUCGAUGAUCCAGAUGCUUAUGCGUCUUGUGCCAACGAUCCCUAUUGCGCCGCGUCCGCCGUUCAACAAUACAUGUACAAAUUCUAUCAGGAUUGCAAUGGUGAUGGUAAGGUGGACUGUGACGAUUUUGCCGCGAUUCACAAGUUGGGAGGCUACGGGUGCCAAGGUCCUCUUCCAGAUUUUUACGUUCAACGUUACCGGCAGUGUAUGCUGCACGUUGGAUGAACUUUGUAAAGAGAAUGGAAGAGCUGAAGAUUUGCAAAUUGAGUGACAUAAAAUGUGUAACCACCUUUUCUAUAUAAUAAUAACUACUUCAUUUACUUUUAAGGAAAUAAAAUUAUAUGACUAGGAAUCGGCCGGAGGCAGCGAUGUCAUUGGUCUACUCAAAACGCUUUUUUAUCCAGGACAUUGACUCCAAUAGAGCAGAGUUUUAAUAUCAGUACAUUUUUAAUCAUGAUAAGUAGGGACAUUGACAGAACUUCGAUUUGGGGUGAGAUUAAACUGGGAGGCAUUCACGGCGAGUCUCCCAAAGUUAGUGAUUGCUUUUGAGCUAACACUAAUUGUAAGUGAUUCCUUCUCCUUCAUACACCAGUGAUGGAAAAAUGCUAAUUUGCUACAUUCGUGAAGAGUUAUAGUAACCGGAUACGGUACAUUUGCCUAAUUGAUUUUUGCACGCCAUGACAUAAUUUAUUAUUAUGUAAGACAAAUCGUAAAAACUUCAUCCGCCUUAGAUUUUCUAGGAUUUAUAGUUCAUAUGCAUCCUAAAAAUGCAAAUCUCCUUUCAGGUUUUAGGUACCUAUACCAUUUGAAGCUUUAGUUUCGAAGUUUCGUGCAUACGUGUCAUGCUUCACAGAUAUUAAAAAGUUAUACAUUUAUAACAUAUAGCCAGAUUGUCACUUGUCACCUCCCCAUCGAGGUUGGAACUUAAAAAUUAAACAUGAUUCAAUUUGCUUAUAUAGCAAACAGACAUUUCUAGAGCAUUUUCGAAUAAACACAUCAUAUUUUUCCCGGAAAGAAUUCACCUUCAUUCCUUAUCGCCGGAUGAGUAAUCUUUGGCCGACUUGUUGCCGCCCUGAUGGCGCCACGAUGUCGCGCUGGGGUAUUGGUCUCCUUUCUUAUUUCCAAUUAUCUUUAAUUUUUGGGUAAAUUGAAACUGAUUUACAACCAGAUUUGAACGUGGAUGAUGUUUUUCUAUCCUCGAUACCACAAUUGGAUCCUCGAACCAUACGAAAAGUGCUAUGUGCUCCGUUUUUAAGUUACCUCCUAUAUCUCUAAUGAAAUUCGGCACAAUAAAUGCACCUCUAGAAAAUUGCUUCUCCACGUGAAUUCGCAUUCCAGAAAAAUUCGCACUCGCCGGCGUAUUCGUCUAUUACCAUCUUGCUACUAGGAACAUUCACUAGCAGCAAACCUGUCCUCUAUUUUAAAGUCAUUUUCUCUUUUUAGCGCAUUUUUGCAAAUUUAUUUGUUUUAAUCUCAC